AUGAAAAAGAGGAAGUGCCCCUUUCGACAACAAAGUGAAGGAAGAGACAAGAGGAAAAAAAAAUUGAACAACAGAAACGAAUUAGUACUAAACCGCAGAGGCGAUACCCACUGUGAAGGAAGGAGUGGCAGAGGAACCCAUCAAACAAAGGGACAUGGUCAUAAUAAUCACAAUUUUGCAUGUGUCAAGGAAAGUAAAACUUGUAAGGAGAAGUCACAAGAGAGAAGCGAACUGCUAGUGAACCCAAACAGGUACAACGACACGGAUGCAGAUAUGUGUUGGGACUCACCACACAACAGUAGCGACUCCUCUGAAACUCCCAAAAUUCUUGAAUCCGACCAAUCAAAGAUAUAUCAGAGCACAAGCGAGUUCGACGUGCACAGCGAUACAUCGAAUAACACCAUUAGCGAUCUAAGUGCAAACACAGAUGAAGGUUACAACCAGGAUUACAGAUUAACUGAAAUAUUUCAGCGCAUCGAUUAUGCAAGGAGUCCCUGUUUAGGGGAAAAUGAGGAGUUGCCCAGAAAUUGGAACGUCCUGGAAACGUUCGAUGUUUACGACGUGUUUGAAAAUGAGGGGAACGCGGAUAGGGGGGGGGGAAGGGGUGCACCUAAUUGGGCCUCUAGCUGGGCUCCUAACCCGGUCAUUAACCAGAAUGUUAAUCAGCAUGCUGACCAAGUUGAUGGUCGCGUUGAUAACCAGGCCGUCAAGUGCGAUCGUCCCACCGAGAUCCCGCCUCCCCACACCAAAGCAACAGACGAGGCAGAAAAACUGAUCACGCAGACGGUCCUGUCGAAAAAAAUGCUAAUCCUACUCCCCUUUUUUAAGAAGCGUAUCUUCAUAGAAGCCAUAUGGGAUUACUUCCAGUCAAACAAAGUGAAGGACGAAAGGGACAGGGAUAACUUAAAAGUCCAGUGCUUCCAAACGUUCUGUAAAAUCCGCGAAUGUGCAACGCGCUGUAGUGAUAAUCCCACCGAUGGGAACUUCCCAAAUGAUGAAUUACUCAGCACGUACUUCUUUAACAAACUAAAUAAAAACCAAUAUGAUAUAAAAAUAAAAAUGGAUUACUACGAAGUGGAGUUCUUUUUCAUUUUCUUCUUGACAUACUUUCGCUUCUGUCUAUACCUAACGGGGUUUAUAAAUUCGUCUUUUCUGUACCACUCGAACGAAGUGCACUUCAUCAUCUUUGUUCUGAACAGAUAUCAUUACUUCGUGGACCAUAUGUACGUUAAUGAUAAUUCUUUGCCUUUUACUCCGAAUGAGGUGCAAGACAUUAUUUGCACCUAUAAGAAGUGCAUUAUCUCUCUUUUAGAUUAUCUCGACAGUUUUUACCCGUUUCUGCUACUCAUAAGUGACGUCAUGCAAGAAGUGCACACGAAAUUUAAGAAAAUUUCACACAAGGUGAAGGAACUUGAGCAGGUUCUGGCGAAAGCGGACCCCACUGACAGAACCCCCCCGAGCAAUAACAUCGACCCUGAUAUAGUGACCCCACACACUAUCAAAAAGUUCAAUGCGAUUAAAAGAAUUAAUAAAAUAAAGAGGAAGUUCUUCAAACGGAAUGGCGACUCGUUUGCUAUGCUGAUUAGAGUGCACCUGGGCAGGUAUUGGGUGGAUAGGGAGGAACGCUCCAUCGGUGCUGCCAUCUUAGGUGAGCCGUCUCUAGACGAUGCCAAUUUGAGUGACUAUUCCCCAUAUGAUGACAAUCUCGACAAGCACCUCGUCCAAAUGAUCCGCAACACCAGGUGCAAUAUGCUGCUAAAGCACACCAUCUUCCGCACAGUGGAGAAGUUGAACCAAAUUCUAAGCUCCCUCGAAAUCACCAUCACCCUCGCAAAGGCGGACGAAACAUGCGCACAGCACAUCAUGUCGAUGUCGACGCUACUCACAUUCAAAGCCUUAAAAGAAAUGAAAAAAAAAGACAAGUGGCUCCAACUCCUAAAGCAUAAUUAUUUCUAUAUCGAAAAAAGUUACUACUACUUCAAGGAAUUGCAUGAAAAGAAAAUCAUCUACUACCAAAUACAAAAUCUGUUACGAUCUAUCCUAAAUUUCAAAAUUAAUGUCGUAUACAAUCCCUUCAUACAUUACUUAUCCAUUGAAGAUAUGAAAAACAAAAAUAUACACACUAUCUAUGACUACAUAUACUACAUAAAGGAUAUGCGCCAGAAAAAUUACUUAGUAACUCUCUUCGUCUUCAAUCGGUUGAUUUACAAACUACAAUUUGACGUCACCACGUACGGGCUCCUCUUCUCAAUUUAUAGCUCCCUGAAAUUUUUAUUUUUCGAAAAAUCUUCCAUUCAUUUAAUAAAGAAAAAUGGAACAAUGAAAAAAAAAUUCAUGUACCUAUUCAACGAUAUGAUAAAUUCUUGGGAUUUUAAAACGUAUAAACAUAUCCCCAUUCCUUCCAGAAAUAUUAUAAAGGACACUUUUUUUAUUCAAGAGAAUUCAAUUGUCAGGAGUGUACUGUCAGCUGCCAUGAGGGAAGCCACCCGGAUGAGAUUCACUGGACAUAUAGUCACUAAUGCCUCGCUUUUUUAUCGUUAUAAGAGACUGGUAAAUUAUCAGCUCCACGGAGCCAUCCUAAACAGCAAUACUAUUCACAUGGUUGAACGAAAUUAUGUGAUCCGUCAAAUUAAGGACAAAUUGGAGGAAAUGAAGAAUAAACUGUGA